GUCAGCUGCAGGAGCAGCAUCAGCCGCAGCCGCCUGGAGAGGCUCCGGUGCAAUGAAUCCUCCCGCGACCAGAUUCUGUCUGUAUGAGGAACAAGCCCCCCGCCACCUGCUUGGCGGCUGCUAGCAAGCAAUUUCAUGUUGGCCUGAUUCAUUUGGUGGGAGCAGGGGGCAGAAUGGAGCGGGCUCGCUUGAUGGGACACUGACCAGGGUCUGUCUUCUGUCGGACUGCUGGUUCCUUUAGAGCUCACAAUGACCGGCUCUGGCUCCAACGCUUCCCACAACUCCCACCCCAAGGGAGACAAAGGGGGCCGUUCCAGAAGCUCCCACACUCGGACGCUCAGUACUGCCAACAACGGGGGCUCAGAAGAGGAGGACAAAGAUGGAGCAGCAGUGUUCCUCGUCAACAAAAGUGGCUUUCCGAUUGAUGGGCAGACCUGGGAGAGAAUGUGGGGUCAUGUGGCGAAGGUCCACCCUUCAGGCAUAGAGAUGGUGGAGACGAUAAGGAGUGCUGCUUUCCUUACAAAACCUUCCAUGCCGUUGGUGCCAAAUUACAAGGCUUCCAUGACGAUCCCAGACUGGCUUCAGGCAAUACAGAAUUACAUGAAGAUGCUGCAAUAUAAUCAUACGGGAACUCAAUUCUUCGAAAUUAGGAAAUCAAGACCUCUAAGUGGGCUAAUGGAAUCAGCAAGAGAAAUGACCAGGGAGUCCUUACCAAUCAAAUGCCUUGAAGCAGUUAUCCUAGGGAUAUACUUAACCAAUGGGCAGCCUUCUGUGGAACGAUUCCCAAUCAGCUUUAAAUCCCACUUCUCAGGGAACAAUUUUCAUCAUGUGGUGCUUGGAAUUUAUUUCAAUGGCCGAUAUGGAUCACUGGGCAUGAGCCGAAGGUCAGAGCUGAUGGACAAGCCCUUAAUCUACCGAACUCUGAGUGACCUCAUCUUUGAAUUUGAAGACUCCUAUAAAAAGUACUUACAUUCGGUAAAAAAAGUGAAGAUUGGAUUGUAUGUCCCUCAUGAGCCUCACAGUUUUCAGCCCAUUGAAUGGAAGCAGUUGGUGCUUAAUAUGUCAAAGAUGAUGCGGUUAGAGAUAAGGAAGGAGUUGGAGAAAUAUGCCAGGGACAUGAGGAUGAAGAUUUUGAAGCCUGCAAGUGCCCAUUCUCCAGUCAAGCAGAGAUCCCGAGGGAAGUCCUUGUCCCCUCGACGAAGACAAGCCAGCCCUCAGAGGCGGGCCUGCCGAAGAGACAAAUCGCCAGCUGUUUUGGACAAAAAAGUGGGUGACCUUUCUACAUUGAAUGAAGUCGGUUACCAGCUACGCAUCUGAGAAAACCAGAGGCCAAACCAAAUGGCUUCUGGGAUAUUUCUUGCCGCACUUUACCCUGUCAUAUGUGGGGGAUGGGGAGUGGGGAGCUGUGACUAUUUAUUAUGAACAUGUAAGGGUUUUAUUUAUGAUUUCACCAGGAACUAGAAAUCCUAGAAGUGAUGGUAUUUGGUGGUAUUUUUGUUUUUUAUUUUUCAAUUCAUGAAGUCAAUCAAGGAAAAGAGAAAUUAAAAACUGUCUUCAGCUAUGAUAAUACUGUUACUCUCCAUCGAGUUGAAAAGGGGAGGUGAUAAUAGUGUGGCUUGGUUUUCUUUUGGAUGGAAAUUACUGUUUCUGUAGUGGCUCUUUUUUCUGUUGGCUUGGAGCAUUGUGUGGUGUUGUAGGAGUUAGGAAAGGCAAUGCUGGAAGUAUUUUCCUCUAUGAUACUUAAAAAUGCUGAGGUAGGGGGGCGGUAAGCUGCAGUCAGAGAAAGGCAUGGCCUGGCACCAACUUUGCUUGUGUGGGUUCCACUGAAAAGAAUGAAGUUGUGCAACUCUAUGAUCUCUUUCACUGGAGCUCAACAUAACAGAAAUUGCUGCCGGACCUCAUUUAAUGUUACAUUCAGCAAUAAAAUAGCAAGAAUUUAUGUGAGUGGGGUUUCUUUUUCUUCUUCUUCAAAAUAUCAAUAUUACCUCAAGAAUCUCUACUACAGAUAUGCAAAACUAACAGUAUUUUGAUUUUGUAAUGGUUUUGUACUAUGUUCCCAGUUUUUCUGGUAGCAGAGCCCACCCCUUCCGCCUUACGUGCAUGUGUACAGUGAAGGAAUUUCAAGUAUUAUGAUAUGGAGAUGUCUCCGUAAAAGCACUGAAGUCUUCUAUUAGGGAUUGAACAAACUGUUGAAGUUAAUUGUCUGCCUAACAAAAAAAUAUUGCCUGAUCCAAUAAUGAUGUCAAAAGAAGCAAAUAGCCAACCUUUUGUAAUAUUUUUGUCACAUACUCUUAACCUCCAUGGUCAAAGCACAAAUGGUUCUGGUGUGAAUCUAUGUGGUCUUGUAUAUAAAACAAGCCCAGAGUCUGCCAGUACCAAUCCUGUUCUCUGUGUGUAAUCGGUGCUUUAUGUAUGUAAUAGGGAUUCCCCAUUCUGCUUUGAGAGCAUUCACCAAACAAGGAAAAAGGGGGAGACUUUGGAUCAUGCUGAAGGACUAGAGAUCAUUGUUUUGUACAGAUGAUCAAUGUAGUAAAACUCAAAUUGUGUGUUUAAUUCUUUAAAAUAAUGCCAGUAUUUUAAGAAUGCACUAUUCUUCCUCUGUGUUUUUUUAAUGAUGUAGAUGUCUUGACAUCUUUUAACAUGAUCAAACAUUCCACUUGAGGUUACAGCCAGUGUGCUUGGAGAAAACAACCAUCUAUAGACAUUGAAUUCAAAUAAAAGUGAAUAAAUAAAUCCAUGGCCAAAGGGAAGUAUUUUACAAUGCAACAAAGACAUGUUAUUUUGGAUAAAGGAUAAAAAAAACACUAGCAUAUUCAUGGGGAAAAAGCUGCUGGAUAACUUCUGUGGACUGAUGCAGAUCUAACAUUAGAUACCAUAUCUGAAUUAUAAAAUCUGGAUGACCAUCAGAUGGCAUCAAACUGAUGUUCUUUGAUGCCAUCUAAUGGUCAUCCAGAUUUUUGCAACCCAGAUAUAGUAAUCCCACCCUCUUCACUUAUUGUAAUCAUGUAAACAAGUAAGGAGGCAAGUAGGAAAGAGCACAGUAGCUCAACAUAACCCACUAGUUUUGUUACAUAUAUCCCAAAGCAAUUUUAAUUUGAUGCAAUCAUGUUCCUUCAAAAUAUAUUGCCUCCUAUCUAGCUCCUAACCAUAGUAUAAGUUUCUAGUUUACAAGAGAUCAGAGAGGUAUGUGAGUGCAUUUCUCAACUAGCAACUUACAGUGUCUUCUAGAAACAGCCAUCCCUUGUGCCAAAUUAACAGCAAUAAAGACAGGCUUUCUGUCGCUUACGUGAUGGCUGUGUAAUGCUAUGAAGACAUAGUGCUGAGCAACUAGCAUGAAAAUAGUUAGGUCUGUGUCAGUAUGGCAGGACGUCAUAUUCAUAGUCAUGGCCAUAUCCAGUACAUGAUACCACCCUGCUAAAAGUGAGUGGAGGAAAAGAAUAGUUCCCAUGGCUCUCUCCCAUUUCAGCUUUAUGAUUGAGUCCCUGGUAAAUCCGAGCUUACUGAUAAAGUAAUUUUUUAAAGCAAGUGUUCAGGAUCAGUUGAAGGAUGAUUAGCAUCUCUUUGUUUUGUUAUCACUGUCUGUCUAUUAUGAAACCCCAAAGGUGAUUUUGCUUUUUUUAAAUUGAUAUUUCUAAUAUAUUUGAAAUGUUCGAGGCAUAAUUCUUUAUGGACUUCUCUUGCACCAGUUCUCUCAAGAUUAGUGGGAGUGAUGCAGGAAAAAAGAUGACCAGAUUUUAGCUAACUUUCCAAACCCUUUUCAUAGGCUAAGAUGUCAUUUUGUAUCCAGGACCAUGGUUUUCCUUCUGUACACAUACGUUCUAGAGCAACAUGUACCUGUCUUUUUUUAAAACUUAAAAACUGUAAGUUUGGUGACUAGCUUGUAUUGUCAUUACUUUGUCAAAUGGGAUUCUGUUCCAAAUGUGAAGCAUGCAUGAUUUUUCCUUUUCUUAUCACCUGUAUGUUCUG